CGGGCCGGAGCGCGGAGCGAGCGGGGAGCGCGCGGGGAGCGGGCGCCAUGCCCACCAACUUCACUGUGGUGCCGGUGGACGCGGGGGCGGACGGCGGCCCGGACGAGGCGGCCGCGGCGGCCGAAGGGGCCGAGGGGGCCGAGGGGGCCGAGGGGAGCGAGGCGCCGGGCCCCCCCGAGGGCGAGCCCGACUGCCAGAGCCCGGGAGAUGGAAACCCACGAGAGAACAGCCCGUUCAUCAGCCACACAGACGUGGACCAGGAGAGCUUCUUGGAAGGGAAGAACAUGGCGCUUUUUGAGGAGGAAAUGGACAGCAACCCCAUGGUGUCCUCGCUGCUCAACAAGCUGGCCAACUACACCAACCUGAGCCAGGGCGUCGUGGAGCACGAGGAGCACGAGGAGGACAGCAAGAGGCGCGAGGUCAAGAGCCCGCGCAUGGGCACCUUCAUCGGCGUCUACCUGCCCUGCCUGCAGAACAUCCUGGGCGUGAUCCUCUUCCUGCGGCUCACGUGGAUCGUGGGCGCGGCCGGCGUGCUUGAGUCCUUCCUCAUCGUCUCCGUGUGCUGCACCUGCACGAUGCUGACUGCCAUCUCCAUGAGUGCCAUCGCCACCAACGGUGUGGUCCCAGCCGGUGGCUCGUACUACAUGAUAUCACGGUCUUUGGGGCCUGAGUUCGGGGGCGCCGUGGGCCUCUGCUUCUACCUGGGCACGACCUUCGCCGGGGCCAUGUAUAUUUUGGGGACCAUUGAGAUUUUUUUGACCUACAUCUCCCCCGGCGCGGCCAUCAUCCAGGCGGAGACAGCAGAAGGCGAGGCCGCGGCCAUGCUCCACAACAUGCGUGUGUAUGGGACGUGCACGCUGGCGCUCAUGGCCAUGGUGGUCUUUGUGGGUGUCAAGUACGUCAAUAAGCUGGCCCUGGUGUUCCUGGCCUGCGUGGUGCUGUCCAUUCUCGCCAUCUACGCCGGCGUCAUCAAGACCGCCUUCGACCCGCCAGACAUCCCGGUCUGUCUGCUGGGGAACCGUACCUUGUCUAGACGCGGCUUCGACCUGUGUGCCAAGUUCCACGCUGCCAACAACGGCACGGUGCCCACCGCCCUCUGGGGCCUCUUCUGCAACACCUCCAUGCCCAACGCCAGCUGCGACGAGUACUUCGCCCAGAACAACCUCACGGAGAUCCAGGGCAUCCCUGGCGUGGCUAGUGGUGUCCUGCUGGAUAACCUGUGGAGCACGUAUGCGGACAAGGGAGCGUUGGUGGAGAGGAAAGGCUCGCUGUCGGUGUCUGUGCAGGAGGAGAGCAGGACCAGUGGCCUGCCCUAUGUCCUCACUGACAUCAUGACGUACUUCACCGUGCUGGUCGGCAUCUACUUCCCAUCUGUGACUGGUAUCAUGGCGGGCUCGAACCGGUCUGGGGACCUCAGGGACGCCCAGAAGUCGAUCCCCACAGGGACCAUCCUGGCCAUUGUGACGACGUCCUUCAUCUACCUGUCCUGCAUCGUGCUCUUUGGGGCCUGCAUUGAAGGCGUGGUCUUACGAGAUAAGUUCGGGGAGGCCCUGCAGGGGAAGCUGGUCAUCGGCAUGCUGGCCUGGCCGUCCCCCUGGGUCAUCGUCAUAGGCUCCUUCUUCUCGACCUGCGGAGCCGGCCUGCAGAGCCUCACGGGGGCACCACGCCUGCUGCAAGCUAUCGCCCGUGACGGCAUCAUCCCCUUCCUGCAGGUGUUUGGCCACGGUAAGGCCAAUGGGGAGCCCACGUGGGCCCUGCUGCUCACGGCCCUCAUCUGCGAGACGGGCAUCCUGAUCGCCUCCCUGGACAGCGUGGCCCCCAUCCUGUCCAUGUUUUUCCUCAUGUGCUACAUGUUCGUGAACCUGGCGUGCGCCGUGCAGACCCUGCUGCGAACACCUAACUGGCGUCCACGUUUCAGAUACUACCACUGGGCGCUGUCCUUCCUGGGAAUGAGCCUGUGCCUCGCGCUCAUGUUCAUCUGCUCAUGGUACUACGCGCUCGUCGCCAUGCUCAUCGCGGGGUGCAUCUACAAGUACAUCGAGUACCGCGGGGCCGAGAAGGAGUGGGGUGAUGGCAUCAGGGGGCUGUCACUAAACGCAGCCCACUAUGCCCUGCUGCGUGUGGAGCACGGCCCCCCCCACACCAAGAACUGGAGGCCCCAGGUGCUGGUCAUGCUGAGCCUUGACGAGGAGCAGCGCGUGAAGCACCCCCGCCUCCUGUCGCUCACCGCCCAGCUCAAGGCCGGCAAGGGCCUGACCAUCGUGGGCUCCGUGCUGGAGGGCACCUACCUGGACAAGCACGUGGAGGCCCAGAGGGCCGAGGAGAACAUCCGCUCUUUGAUGGGCGUGGAGAAGACCAAGGGCUUCUGCCAGCUCGUGGUGUCCUCCAACCUGAGGGACGGCAUGUCCCACUUGAUCCAGUCGGCCGGCCUGGGGGGCAUGACGCACAACACGGUGCUCAUGGCCUGGCCCGAGUCCUGGAAGCAGGAGGACAACACUUUCUCCUGGAAGAACUUUGUGGAAACUGUCCGAGACACCACGGCUGCCCAGCAGGCCCUGCUUGUGGCCAAAAACGUGGACCUGUUUCCACAAAACCAGGAGCGCUUCAGCGACGGGGACAUCGACGUGUGGUGGGUGGUGCACGACGGGGGCCUCCUCAUGCUGCUGCCCUUCCUGCUGCGGCAGCACAAGGUGUGGAGGAAGUGCCGCAUGCGCAUCUUCACGGUGGCCCAGGUGGAUGACAACAGCAUCCAGAUGAAGAAGGACCUGCAGAUGUUCCUGUACCACCUGAGGAUCAGUGCGGAGGUGGAGGUGGUGGAGAUGGUUGAAAGCGACAUUUCGGCGUUCACGUACGAGAAGACGCUGUUGAUGGAGCAGCGGUCCCAGAUGCUGAAGCAGAUGCAGCUGUCUAAGACAGAGCAGGAGAGAGAGGCUCAGCUCAUCCAUGACAGGAACACCGCAUCCCAUUCCGUGGUGGUCACCAGAACCCAGGCCCCGUCCACCCCAGACAAAGUGCAGAUGACCUGGACCAAGGAGAAGCUGAUUGCGGAGAAGUACAAGAACAAGGAGCCGGGCGUUUCCGGGUUCAAGGACCUCUUCAGCCUGAAGCCAGAAUGGGGAAGCCUGAACCAGUCCAAUGUCCGGAGAAUGCACACGGCCGUGAAGCUCAACGGGGUCGUCCUCAGCAGGUCCCGGGGUGCGCAGCUGGUCCUGCUCAACAUGCCAGGGCCCCCCCGGAACCGUCAGGGGGACGAGAACUAUAUGGAGUUCCUCGAGGUCCUGACCGAGGGGCUUGACAGGGUCCUUCUGGUCCGGGGCAGUGGCCGGGAGGUGGUCACCAUCUACUCCUGACACUCAGCCCACCCAGGAGCACACUGGGCAGGCUGGGGAUCGUGCCACAUGUGGCUUCCUACAGAAGUUCCCAGAAUAGCCCCACAGCUCUGCUCCCUAGGCCAAGAGCCAGCACACAGCUGCAAAGAUUUCCUCGUGUGGAGGGGAGGCGUGGAUGCGCUCAGCAUGUCAUGUGCCCCCGAGGGAGGCUCACGAUGACACGGGACAAGACCAGUAGCACUGGCCACACGCUCAGACUGUGGGUUCCAAAGGUGGUUUCUGUGGCCAGACCUACCUGGUUGCCAUGGUUAUGUUUAAGUUCUGCCCCACCCAGGACACUCACGAGAAACCCUGCUCAGACUUAGGGUCGUUUUGUGCCACAGGUCUGUUUAGGAAGGUGGCCGAGGGCCUCAGUCCCUUGGUCAGCCUCCUCAGCGCCUGUCCCUGUGAGUGCCUGUUUGUGUUCCUGUAAGUUACGGCCGAGGAGAGCCGUCCGUCCGGGCUCAGCUAGGUGGCCUUGGUCAGCCUGC